AUGGGGCUGGCGUACCUUCGGGAACGCUGGGGACGCGACGUGGCGGAGGAGAUUGAGUGGCAGGGCCAGCUUCCCGGCGGCGGUGACGGUGGGGAUGAAGGUGACAAGGAGAAGGAGGAGGAGGCAGAGAGAGAGCGUCUGGAGGCCAUCAGGGAGGCUGAGGAUAGGCGUAAGGAGAAGCACCGCAAGCUGGAGGAGGAGCGAGAAGGCAUGAGACAGAACAUCAGGGACAAGUAUAACAUUAAGAAGAAAGAAGAACCGAUGCCCGAAGAACAGAUGAUGCCAGACAACCCGCUCAUGAGGAAGAAGAAGACACCCGAGGAACUUGCUGCAGAAGCCGAGGCCGAAGAUCAGGAUGAUUUUACGAGUGAGUAG